AGCCUGGGUGUGUGUUUGAAGUGCGCAGAGCAGCUGGCUUUGUGUUUGUGGACUCCUCCCGUUGUGUGAUGAAGUUCAGAUGCGCGCCGUUGUUCCGUACGCGCGUCACCAGGGGCACAGAGGAGCUUCCCGACGCGAGGGGUGGAUGGAGAAAUGUGUGGAUCACGAUCACGGGAGGCUUUGCACAUGACAUUACCCACCCCUUGCCUCCUCGUUUGACUGACGCCCUUCGACUUUUACAGGAUAUGCCGCCACCCUUUGUGUGAACCGAGCUGCUUUGGAUUCACAGAUCCAGCCACCGUGUUUCGUUUCGCGUCUGUCUUCCAGCAGAGAAGCUCUACGGGGCGGCUCGGACCGUAAACAUCGCCUCGGUCCCUGGCCUUUAUGUUGUAGGUUACCCAGAGGAGCCUGAGUGCGUGUUUUAUUUUUUCCCCCCUUUGAUACAGGAAAUGUUGGCAUGGCUGCCUCGGGAGCACAUAAGUGUCCGAAGAGCGAGAAGUUGGACGAGGCGCAGGCUUUGGCCAAGAGCUGCGCUGGGAGACCAGAUUUCCUGCCUUGUGAUGGACUCUCCAUUUGCGCCACGCACAGUCACGGGAAGUGCUUCAAGCUGCACUGGUGCUGUCACUUGGGCUGGUGUCACUGCAAGUACGUGUACCAGCCCAUGACCAAUGUGUGCCAGCUGCCCAGCACGACCGUGCCGCCUGUUGGCUCAGAGUGCAGCAGCACCAUCGACCUGUCCGUCUCUCUGGCCGAGCGCUUCCUGAAACUCGCCCCUUGCUUCAAGUCCCCGCCUCACCUGGAGUCUCCGAAGUACUGCGUGAUCGCCGACCUGUUUGUGGACGACUACAUCGUCAAACGUAUCAAUGGGAAGAUGUGCUACGUGCAGCGUCCCCCGCCUCCUUUACCAGAGCCGCCUCGUCCUCCUACCCCCCCACCACCUGCUCCAGCUUUACCUACGGUUCCCCAAAAUCCCAGCCAGGCUCAGCAACUGCCCAAACCGACGCCGUCAACCCAAAACGCACCUGCACCUGUGCAGCCAGUGCAGCAAGUGUACGGUGAACACAAACACCCCUCCCCGCUGGAUAAGGUAAAAGGUCCCAAAAUGGACCACUGUUCCUCGCCGUCAAGCUCCGAGGACUCCGGCAUCAACGCCCUCGGUCUCCACUAUCUGGAGUCCUGUGAGGAGGAGAGCGAGGAGGAGGAGGAGGAUGACGAGUUGAGCACAGAUGGAAACUCCAGCCCUGGGAGCCUCUGGGAUCAAGAUGACUGUUCUCUGCUCUCUCCCUCCAAGUCUAUGAUAGAAAUCAUCGAAAAGAUUGAAACAACUGUGUAACCAACAUGGCAUCAAGGUGGAAUUGAUCUAUAAGGAACAUCAACGGAGCAGAAGCUUAUUAUUGAGAAUAACUCUCAAGGAUUUAUGACAUAUGGACCAGUAGGAAACAAACCCCUUUCUAACGCUUCAGCAGGGCUUCGCCGGGUUGUUUUGGGAUGAAUUUGUUUUCCUGCAGGUGGCCGAGGACAGCGCACCUACAAUCUGAAACAGCUUCUCCUCUGCCCACAUCCUCUGCACGGAUUGAAUUUGCUGAACUUAUUACAAUAAAGACAGAAGCACAAGAAUAUCAAGAACAUGCACAGUCUACCAAAAAGACCUCCUUUACAUGGUCGUGUGGAGAAAAAUCAAAAAUACAAAAAAGAAUCUAGAGUAGGUGCACGUCAGAGGAAAUAGGAAAACAAGAAAAGGGGGACACUUUUUUGUGACACUUCUCUUUAGGUAUAUAUUACUGGAGCUAAAUUAUGUAUGAACCAAGGUGGUAUGAGUAUGUUUCACGAUGAUAAUGAGCAGUUAGGUAAUUAUUGUGUUCUCCAGUCAGUCAGUCUGUCAGACUUUGGUCCAAUUCAGCAUUCGAGUGGCAGAUAAGCAUGCCGUCCCUCGUUCUCCGGUCAGUGGCUCCACCCACACAUAUUAGUAAUUCUGACUCUUCAGCGUAAUAACCACAAGGCCAGCUACCUCUCGUGGGCCUAAAGCACACCGGCCUUUUAACCCCUUAAUUACUCAGCUCUGAGCUGCUCAGAGCAGGCACACCUGCUUUUAUCGCAUUAUUAAAAAGAAUUGUGGCCCACAGUUUGUCUGCACUUUACUGACACCAUCACGGGCAGUAGGGUAGGUAGGUCAGUGUUUGACAAUCAAGGAUUACACAGAAGCACAUUCCUAUACUGAACCUGCCAGUGAGGACCAAGGAUACCCUUAUACCUUCUAAAAAAAAUGUCUCAGACUUUACAGAAAAUUCUUCUGACCACCUUUUCUGGUCAAGCUGAACUGAACGGCAGUCCCAUUAAGCAAAACAUGACUUGCACUGACCUCUAUUAGCAGCCAAGAAAUGAAUAGCACGGACGCGUCUCCAGUACAGCUGCAGUGACAGGGAGGGAUGUUGUCACAGUAGACACAAGUGAGACAAAUAUCGCUGAGGGAACACAUCUAAUUUAUAAUCUUAUAUUAUGAUAAUAAAAAUAAUAACAAUAAUAUUAAUAAUAAUGAACCUACAUUGUUAAUUAGUUUGAGGACUUUUGAGAAUGAAAUGCCUUUUUCGUGAUGACCAAAAGGGGGGUCUGGGGAGGUCAUUCAUUUUAGACUAGUAGGUCACAUCUUAAAAGAGAUUAGAGUGUGAGAUAGGAUGCCUGAAUACCUGUUGUGAUGUUGUGAUUGACAUAAGAAACGAGUAGCUUAUUAGUCAGAUAGUAAAAUGAAGCCGGGCGGCGUCUUUUAUUUUAAUGUUUAAAAACAUUAUUUUCCAGAGAGCUAUCAGCAAAAAUCACCACAGUUAUCACAAAUAUUUAUGGCUGCAAUGUUAUAAGCACUAGAUGUUUAAAAAAAAGAUGAUGAAGAAGAAAAAAAUCAUUUUGCAUGACUGCAUUCACUUGCAGGAUUCCCUCAUGUCAAACUCCAAUUAAAAACAUGCUAUCAAAGAACAAAGAAACCCUGUAUUAGUUAUUAAAACAAGGUGUUUUUAUUCAGGGACAGCCCUAGACAUUACACUGAGCACAGUCCCUCAUAAUGCAGUUGAAGAAAAAUGCAUUUGGUUCUUAUUCUUGUUAUAUUAUUAUUUUCAUAUGAAUAAAUCUUAAUGAAACUCA